AUGGACAAUGACUUCGCGCCAGUAAACAUGCUAGCACUGUCAAUUCUCACCCAAGGCAACUCCAGUCCCAGAUCUCCCUUAAAAACGUCCACCAUGUCCAAUUCCAGCCCCCUUCGGGCCAAGCAUGCCAAGCUGGCCGGUGCUCUGCUCUGGCCUACGUCUUCACCCACUAAGUCUGUCGAUGACGCUGAGAAUCCACCUUUUCAGACUCAGUAUGUAGAUCUCUACGACAAGUACACUGCAUUGUCUCUCGAAAACAAACAGAUGCAAGAGGAGCUAACAAAAAGAAGCGAGACCAUAGAUGAUCUCAACCUGCGGCUCGGCCAUACUGAACGUGCCUUCCGUCAAUUGGAAGCCGAUCAUCAACAAUCCCUCGUCAACCAUGAGGAAGAUAUCGUGUGCUAUCGCCGCUCGCUAGAAGAACUCCAGCGCCUGACUCAGCGCCGUCUUGAACAGGCCACCAAGGAUAUUUUGCAUUCUCUGUCCAUGUACCAGAGCUUAGACGAGAAAUACGGAAAGCUACUGCGUAGUUACAAGGCGCUUCAGAGCAAUCUAGAACUAGAGCAGAAUCUGCGAGCACUUCUUAUUGAUCAAAUUGAGCAUCUCACAAAGGAGCGCGAUUUCCUUUUGAGCCAGGUGGACUCCAAUUUGUCUUGUGCUUCUGAGUCGGAUCAUGAAAGUCUUAUCUACUCCAACAAACGUCAGCUGCGGGUCUUCGGUCCCAGCAGCUCCCAAUCUGGUCUGUUGGGUAUUAUGCACGAGGGUCCUGCUGGUUCGGCAUCUUCAAAGCCUGCAUUGUCAGCUCGCGGUUCCCAUUCAGAUUCUGACGGAAGCGUCCAUGCUAGCCAUAAUUUGAGCUCCUUUGUAGAACUCCCAGAUGAGCAAAACUUCGCUGCCUCCUCGCCUAUCAAGGAUGCCUCUCUGAACAGCAUUGAGGUCUCUCAAAACUACCAGUUUCCUCCGACAUCGGACGAAAGCAUUGGGCUCACAUCAAAUCCACAUUCGACUAUUCAUCCAUCUUUGACUAAGCCUAGAUCAAGACAAUCAUUGCCCCCAAGAAUUGAGACUCUGGUCGGACUCAAUGAAGAUAAUUUUGUUCCAUCACCCCUCAAACUCACAAGACCAAAUUCAACCUGUUUGGAUGGAGACCUAUCGCUUUCUAACUCAGCCAGUGAUCAUCUUGGAAGAAAGCGGUCCUCAUACCCAAAACAUCAUUCUCGUAUGAACUCACUUGAUAUUCUUCCAAUCAAGGUUGAGUUUGAGCUUGCACAUGAGCAACCAAGAUCGUCCUCCUCACCAGAUAGGAACUAUUUCCGGAAUCUUGACAGUGUAGCAGAAGGUGAGAUUGUCGACAACAGUCGAGAUCUUGCAUUCAUGAAGCUCAAUGGAUUCACGGAGCCUAAUAAGAGAGAUUCAAUCUUGACCACCUCAUCGAAGAGAUCCAGUUUGCUCACAGACUUCAAUAUACUGAGCAGUGACAUAACUAAACUGGAGAUCACUAAGCUCAAAUUCGAACUACAGCUGUUGAAAUUGCACAACGAGAAGCUUUUGUCGUACAUUGGUUUUGAGUUGCAGAAGCAGAAAAAGAACAUCAAAAAACUAUCCAGCAAACAAAGACUCCGGCCUACUUCUGUUGAAUACUCUGAUGCCAAGCUCAUUGAAAGACUGAAGGAUAUGCUUAUUCAUAAGAAGAGAGUAUUAAGACUGGUAUCAAUCAACCCUAUCUUGUCUACAAAGUAUGAUAGUUCUGGACAGUUGUUCCAGAGCGGAGUUGGUAUUGGUCUUCUGAACAUGUCGCCUCAAAUUGAUGAUAACGAUGAGUUUAUGUUCCGAAGUCUGUUUAUAGGCUCCCUUAAAAACGACUGCGAUGACUAUGGCUUUAUGAACCAUCAAAGCAAGCAUAAUCUGCGGAUCUUAUCUAACAAAGACCAGGACUAUUUACAUGAGACUGACGAAAAGCUUCUCAAGAAAUACAAGUCUCAAACAUUUCGCCGAGAUCGCCAAGACACCGAUGAAGACUCCUCAGAUCUGCUUGACGAAGAAGACUUCAUCGAAGAUGAUUGCGAGGGAGAGGUGGAAAAGUUUGAUUGUGACAUCGACAACUGGGAGACUAACAGUGAGCUAGGAAGCGAGAACAGCAGCGGGUCAGAAGUAAGCUAUUCGCAGCUCAACCGAUUCAAUCAAAUGAAGUAUAUUGUUCUAGGCAAAGAGCAUAUGAAGAAUUUGAAAAGAGAAAGCAAGCGAAACAAGGAAGAGACGAUGGUCGACGAGCAUCUCAAGUAUAAAUUUCUCACGCUUGUUCUAGGGAUCGUAGUUGUUGGAUUCAGAUUCACUUCACACACUCAACAGCAAUUGCAAGGUGCCUGA